AAAAGGCUCGAGGUGGCCAGACUAUAACAUGGCACCAAUGUAUGAAGUAUCUAACUGUUGGUUUGAGCCAUGUGAGGCAAUGCAGAGUAACCAGCCGGUUGGGAUCGGCGGGACAAGAGGAAUCAACAGUGGUUGGAGACUGACUGUAGGUGAUAUGGCUCAGAACCGAUGUCAGUGGCACACAUGUAUACACACAUUAUCCUCACCUCAACGACGUUAUACCGAGUCUCACCAUUUUGUCAUUCUUCCUUUCUCUCUUUUCGUACUUUAUAUUUCUUUUGGCUGCAUUCACUUAUCUUCAUCUUUCACCUCACUACCUUUCUACUUGAUGUAGUGAUAUGAGCUGUGGCAACUCGGAUUGUUACGCAGUAAUGCGUGGUCUUAUGUUGAUAUCGAUGAUGAUGACGAUGAU